CCACCAUUGUAGUAAUAAUAAAAGCUGAACAAAUAGAAAGAAAAACAAGAUCCACCUCGAAUCCCCCUCCCUCCCUCCUCCAUCCAUUCCAUCUCCCCCCUCUCUCUCUCCCCCUCUGCAAAUCAAAUCUUUUUUAAUCUUUAGAGAGAGAGAGAGUGAGAAACAUAGAAACCCAUAUCAACAAUCUUCAAUCUUUCUUCCCCACACCUACCAUGUUUAUUGACCCACCCUUUUCUUCUUCUUCUUCUUCUUCUUCUUCUUCUUCUUCUUCAUCAAUUACACAAACCUCACAGAUUUUGAACCCAUAAAGAUUACCAAAAUCAAAAACCCAGAAAGAAACUUCUACCCAAUUCACACCACUCUCAAACAAAAUUCCUCAACUAGGGUUUUGAUCAAGAAAAUAUGAGAGAAGAUGACUCCAAUUGGUUCUCAAAAUGGGAAGAUGAACUCCCAUCUCCUGAUGAACUCAUGCCCUUAUCCCAAACCCUAAUCACCCCUGAUCUCGCUAUUGCUUUUGAUAUCCGAAACCCUAACAAUACUCCACAACCACCACCUCCACCGCCACUUCAAACCCCUUCUUCCCAACCCAACUCGGCCGAAUUCGAUUCCGCUUCGGCCGAGUUAGCCGAGUUGGGAGCUGGGUCUGCCGGCGACGAGCCUGCUCGGACCCUCAAACGUCCUCGGCUCGUGUGGACUCCACAGCUCCACAAGAGGUUCGUAGACGCCGUGGCUCAUUUGGGUAUCAAGAACGCAGUACCCAAAACCAUAAUGCAACUCAUGAGUGUUGACGGGUUGACUCGCGAGAACGUAGCGAGUCAUCUCCAAAAAUACCGCCUUUACUUGAAGCGUAUGCAGGGGAUCUCCGCCGGUGGCGGCGGAGGCGGCGGCGGUGGGAGUGAUCCCGCCACCGAUCAUUUGUUCGCUAGCUCGCCAGUGCCGCCUCAUUUUCUCCACCCGGGUCGAUCGAAUUCCGAGCAUUUCUUGCCAUUUGUGCCUGUCUCCGCCUUGCAGCACCACCACCAGAUGGCGGCAGCGGCGGUGGCUGUGGGUGGACAUUCGCAGUUGCAGAAUCAGUAUCGGCAUAUGGGGCAUUUUGGGUCGCAGCCAAAUGGGCAAUUUGAGCAUUCGUUUUUGGCGAGGCAGUCGCAGAGUGUUCAUCGAAUGGGAGCACCGCUGCAGAGUCAUGCGUCAUCGUAUGUGGAGGAUAUGGAAUCGGGGACUGCGGCUAAUGGGAGGAAAGUACUCACUCUGUUUCCAACUGGGGAUGAUUGAAUUUGGGGAGGUUUCUUAUUGGUGGUGGUGAUAUUUGUGGCUCAAGCAAGAUUUAUUACAUCUUGAGCUUGCAGGAAGUGGUGAAUAAUGCUGGUGAGCACUUUAUAUAUUCUCUAGAGAUUUAAGAAUGGAAUUUGCAUCAUGGACAGCAUACUUGUAAGUUGUAACUGUAUUUCGUUGGCAAUUUCCAGGAAUCUUCUGUGUAGGAAUUUAGUUCCUGUAUUUCUUUGUUAGUGUCGUGUAGAGGUGAGCUCUGCUUCUUGUAAAUUGUGUGAUGUCAAAGAGGACUUAUGACCGUUAAUAGUUCCAAGGGAUUUUGAUAAAUAUUAAAAUAUGAUGUUAUUGGAAUCUUAAUUUUACUUAAAUGCUCUAUGAACAUUGAUCAAUGUUAGCUUGGUUUCCUGAAA